AUGAGUGACUAUGUGAACCUCAAUGAAAAUGGCAAGCAACUCCCACAAGCAAGGCUUGCCGAUGAACGAAUCCGCUUCAUCAACGGAGUCAUGGCAUCCGACAGGACAAUACAUCAUUGUGAAGUCGACGAAACAAACGAAAUACCAUGGCAUCGCACCUCACCCCACACUUCAUUCCGGAUUGUGGGCGCUUUUGAUGACCUCGCGGCUUCCUCGGUUUUCUGCUGUCGCUAUGUAACCAAGCGCUUGAAGGAUCUUGGACGAGAGGUUGAG